GCCCAACACCCCUCUUCCCUUUCACAGUUUCACUCACAUCACUCGUUUCAGACCCCAAAACACCUUUGGAACAACCAAGACCCAACCCUACGAAACAACAACUACAAUGUUACCCGAAAGACAAGGCGGAGGUGCACCCCAUGGAAUAAUACUAGCUGUGGUGGUGGGCAUCGUGGUCUUAGCCCCAUUCUUGUUCGGCGAUCAAGGCGAAGCCAUAACUGAAGCCAUUUCCGAGCUCUUGACUCCCCUCGGUCUCCUCCUCUUGCCCAUCAUCCUCCUCCUCACAAUCCAGUUCCUUUCCUCAGAUCGCGGCUCCUUCGUCUCCGCCGUCUUUUCCACCGGCGAACCCGACACCAUCCACCGCGUCAGCGGCUCUCCCUUUGGGGUCGCCUUGUUCCUUCUCCUCAUCUUGUUCUUGCUUUACAAUCGUGUUUCCAUUUUCGGCGGCGAUGACGAUUCCGACGAUUGACUGCUUCGAUCUACGGAGGACUUUUUUCCCUUUCCUUUUUCUUUUUUGUAUACGGUUUAGUACGUAGUUUCUUUUUUUUUUUUCCUUUUUUUAUAAUGUAUUAUGAUUUUUGUAAUUUUACGUGAAUACCCAAGUGAACAAAUGGAAUUGACUUUAGCAA